AUGAGCUACGCCGCUGCUGCUGUGCUGGAAAAUGAGGAAACACCACUGCUGCUGUCGGACGACAAAAUAGCGAACGCGCCUGCUGACCGUUCCCGCGAAGUAGACCAGUGCGUCUCAGCGGAAGGUAGUUUUGAAGCUGGCGGGACAGGGACUACUGCCCAUUCUAGCGGCCUUCUGCGAAGCGGCGUCUUCUGGUCUGGACCUCCUGCAAUGAUUUUAGUUUCGUGUGCCUUCCUGUGUGCAGGAAUCGGGGUGUCCCUGUGCAUGGGCUUGUUCGCAACUGGAACGAAGUUUGGUAAUGAGGCCGCCAGGAUGAACACGUCUCCGUCGGACGAAAACUCGACGACGAAUAGCAGCUCGAGCUGGUCCGUUGGCCCCGGGGCUCCGACUUUUUUCAAUGCAUUUCGCGGUGGCGGGGAGCCCGCCGCACGGGUCGGUGGAAACCUGCCGGCUGCGUUAGUCGCACCGAGUCCUCCAAUCACACAAGCUAACCCACCGCAACACGAGUCGCCCCUGCCACCAGAAGCGACACUUCCGGGAGUGCUUGGCGAGCCGUCACCCACUAGCAGCGGGACAUUAAUUCCGAGUAGCGAUGCGGCACUGCUGAGCGCAACCUUGCCGACGACCGGAGGCACCUCGUUGAUAGGUUGUGGGCAGCCCGCUAGCGAUGGGACCUCGACCAGUGGUGGCGCAACACCACUUACCGCCAGCCCCCCGUCCGCAGGUGGUGUAACGGUAGGUGGGCGGGACGGGCUUCAGCAAGAUUCGGGUCAUGCGGGUCUGCCGGUGUUUGUGCAGCCUGAACUACUCACCCGCACGGGAGUCGACGUUGCGCAAGCGGGUUUUCUAGCUACACCGGCUAGCAGUACGACGAGCAGAGGCGCGGUAGUACCUGUGCCGGCGCCACACGAAAUACAACUGCCGGCUGCAGAUUCCGCCCAUGCUGCCUCCACUUGUUCUACUCAGGAUCCUUGCGAUGGCAGGGCGGUUACUCAGCCCGCAGAUGUUGACGAUAACACCCGCCCACAGAGCGCCCGCGAUGUAGUUUCGAUUGGUGCAAGAAGUAACGCCGGCGAGGCCGCCGCGCUCGCGACGAAUAAUGAUAACUCAGAGGAGGUUGAACAAAGCCACGAUGGGCUUGUUGCUCGUAGGCGAAGGCACGAAGAGACCUUGCCUCCGCAGGGCACCAGACACGCCAGUUCUGCUUCCGGUGUUUUAGGCAGUAACGCUUCGUCACGAGUCGUGAUCCCAGCACCGCGGCACCGUACGUCGUCGGAGCAAAUAACAGCACAUCGUACUUCAACUUCUGCCAGUGCCAUCGGACCAAGCAGCGCUGCGUCGAAUACUAGUAGCGGAAAUUCGCCUUUGCGGUUUCGGAGGACCAUGCCUCGCCCUGCGAGCGCAGCAGCCCCGGCCCCAUCUAGUGCUUCUGCAAGCACAUCGCAAGACCAUUCAGUGCCGACGCUGCCGUUGCGUGGGAGAAGUUCCAGUCCCGCGCCAGCAGCCGGCAGAGGGUCGUCGUCGAAUACGCGCCAUCAAAGUGUCGAAUCCAAUUUGGUGUCGCAAGAAGAUCGAGCGUGGAGCAGUAGCCGAGGUGGCGUAGGAGCCAGAAGCAUUGCGGCUGCCCGCCCUCUGUAUCCCGACAUUCCAAAAACAUCGGAGUUGGCAAGGUCUUUGUCGUCAUCGAGUCUAAGCCCCUGGAGGUCGAGCUGGCCAAAGCCCUGGAGCCUGCCGAAGGUGGGUGGACCUGGCAUGAACCUGUUCGCAUCAAAGGGGAGGGCGAGUAGUGCGUCGGAAGUAUGCAUGGUCAUAACGCCGCCGAGACUCCGCAUCCAUGCCCAGAAAAAUAUGCUUGCCACAGCGUGUGUUGGGGUUUCGCGCUGCCGGCAGCCUCCUAGAUCGAGGUCGUUGCCACAGUUUGUAGAGUGUAUGUUGUUUUUGUAGUUCAGCUCUGUACAACCGGGUUGCAAGCGUCUCCACCUACUCCAAUAUUACACUUUGAUUUUAGUAUACGAAUAACAAGGCGGAUGUGGGGGUGAGGCUUUCAAAGUUAUCAUAGACGAGCGGACGAAGAGACGCCGGCCACCCUAGUGGACCACCGAUCCGCGCAUUGCCGAUGCAGCCACCUUACGUUUCGAAGAAAUGUUUGGGUCUGACGGAUAAGAUUAACUGAGAAAAAUGCGACUGUGCAUGAUGCAGCACAAACGUCACAACAUUAUUUCGUUGUUCCGCACAGCAUGCGAGCAUGACAACCCGAAUCAAAUGCGCAUGUGGGUUGUUAAAAAUGUGCAACGGAAAUCUGCCAACACUCAGACCCAUGCGCGUUCGCACAUAAUACGCCGCCAAGCAGGAGCGCGCGACCGAAUGCAGCAGCGUCGCCAGACUUCAACUCGAUGAGGGAGACCAACUUGGGGCGCAUCGCUACGCAAGGGACCACCUUCAGCUCCGGGACCAGUGGUGGUCAAGUCGUUGGGCCCCCUCCACCUGCUGCGCCCCCCGCUCUGCUCCCGUCGCCUCUAUGCUCACCGAGGCUGGCACCUACCGCAGCCGGGUCUCCGCCCGCCAUUGAUUACAACCUUUCCACCCCGGGCGGCUCGGAUGAAGAAGGGGAGAUAGAUCCUCGCCCCAGGGGGCGAAGUAAUGCUUUGGCAGGACCUCAUAUCCUGUGUAAAAUCGUCCCCAUUGACCUCUGCUCCGUACUUGUCAAGCAAAUCUGCACGUUCAAAACAGAGGUCUCUCUUCCGCUCGUGAGAAAGAUUCCUAGUUAGUAGUCUUCUUUUAGAUUUUGUCAUGCUGAAACCAGGACGAGGUGAUCAAUUUGUGAUGCAGCUGAACAACUCAUUGAAGUUUUUUCACGUAAUAAAGCCAACUACAGUCUGAUGCCAAAUUUUUCAUGCGCGUCAUACGAAAGUAUAUCGGUUUGUGUACGCAAAAACAAAAUGCCCAUCUUCAAUUUUGACUCUCGGGAACAAGGGACGUUUUUACUCAGGACCACUCAGUGGCAACGACCCCCAUUUCGUGUGCCGCCAUGGUCGACGGACGAAUUCGGGGACAAUGCGAACUACAAAAAUUUCAGCGGAGGUAUUUCGCGCACCCGGUACUGGGAACUGGCGGCCGCAGAAAGGGAGCUUGACGAAGACCAUCGGAUCUUUCGGGCCAACCGGCCGUCCUGGAUUUGCCCGAUAAGUAAUCAGGCCAUAGAGAUUAUUAAAGCUGUUUAGACUUAGAGCUUUUGUGCGGUUUAUUUGUGCUGCUCUCAACAUACUUCUUUUUGCUAUCAGUUUGUAAAACGAGCGCAACAUCAUAGAACCUAGCAUUGUCCCAUUCAGUGCACUCGUUUUCGUUUUGCCAUGUUGUCGCGACAAAAAUAUAUAUUGGGAAAUAAAUCAUGAUUUUUGAUAAGGUCGCCAGCUAAUGAAAGAUCCGGUGAGGGAACCCGCGCCUUUGGACAGCCGCAGCCCAAUUUGUAUCGAUGCAAAAACUGCAGCCUCCACACCCAAGGCCACCCUGGGAGGUGCGCGACUCUCUAAUUGUCUCUUGGAUCCUCUUGUAUGCGGCGGGCCAUUCGAACUAACCUUCGAUAACGAACAGAGCAACGCCCCAGCACAAGCGUGCUAGUGGAGCUUGUGACUUGGGUGUGGAGUCUGCUGUUUGCAGUUUCAUAACCUCCACAGCCUGUUUUGAGCGCAGGGGCCCGGAUGGGGAAGUCGGGAUCGAGCCGUGCGAAGACCUGUUGCUGGAGAGGCGAGGUAUGUAUCUAUAAUUGCGUAGUUACUAGUUCGACGAAGCAGCUAGCACCGGCUUGCUCAGCCACAAAGAAAAAAUAGAAAGUCUACGACGACCAAAGAAAAUAUCGUUCUUGUUCGGGACUUCGUGUAUAGUUUUUUCCAAUCUAUAAUCGAUAGAUAGGAAAUUAGGUUUCUUCCGCACUUGAUGAGCAGGAUUCUCUUUUAAAAACAACACGCCAGGUAUUGAGACCGGCGAGAUCGUUGUCAAGAGAACUGGCACGGUGCUUUACAAUGCCUGGGAAGAGCUGGGAAAACGGCGUAUGAAAGAUGUAAAGGCGCAGGCCCUCGCAGCACUGCCUCCGAACGAGAUAAUCCGCCCGGGAACCACCACGGUAGCGAUUUUGAAGUACAUCACGUGCCCGAUCCUCAACACCGUGCCUUUCGACAAAAAUGACGUCACCUACGUCUACGGGGUAAAGUGUCUUCAUGGGGAUAUACGCACUCCUAUCAAGCAGAAAACUACGGCUAUUGCUGCGUCGUGUUUGUAUACAAAUCAUAAACUGAUUUUUCAGAUGAGUGAUGAUGCAGAAGUGGUCUACUAAUGAGUGUAGGACGAGCUGCUCCUACGCUGGAGGUGCUAACUACCUUGACCUCGGUAGUUCUUAUUCUCUAUGCACCGUGGCGACAUCAAGUGUGCUGCGUUAGCUGUACUUUUUCUACACGACACGCCGGGCGCGAAUUGUCUCGAGCCUGGCCUACCAGAGAGCCUACCGCCCCGGUGGACCAAGAGCGGCUUUGAAUUAUCACUUGUUAUUAUGUCUGGGUCUGGAGGUGUCUCAGUUUCCCAUGCUAGAUCUGAUCGACAGAAUCACAAAAAUCUGUGUUGCAUGAGGACCAGCACCAAAAGCCCACAGCAACGUUUUGCACCCGGCAGAAGCAUCGAGGAGAUUUCUCAAAAAAACUUGUGAUGCUACUGGAGCCACCAUUCCAAACCUUCUCUCUGGCUCAGGGUCAUGCGCAACCUGCAUGACAAACCUUGCUCUGUUCCAGACCCAGACACAUUUGCACUGCAUAUAGAUCCAGAGAUGGCAACGAUCGCUUUGCAUGUGCACCGCCUGGAGGAGCAAGGGUACUGCUUUAUUUCAACGCGGAAAUUAAUUCAGGACACCGAAAUCCAAUUAAUCUUCUAGGAAUAGUUUAGCUGAAGUGCCGCUUACGGAACAAGAUGUGAGUCACCAGUACUUUCGUAUGCAGAAAAGGGCGUUUGUUUUCUUGCCACACGAAGUGGUCGAAAAGCAGAUGUAGGUGUUUCUCUGUGCUGGCGCUCGAAGAACACAAUUUGCGGGAAAAAUGUCAGGUUAAUAAGUGCGUGGACUUCGCCCCGGAACGCGAGUGACCCGCUCGGCGCCCAUCGGUGUGGCGUUGUGCCCCGGGGAUGGACGCGGCGCGUGUCGGCAGGAGCCCGGAUGGAAAAGAAGGGGCCCGUGCUGGUUAGGUGGGCCCGAUUUGCUGCUGCAGCAAUGGAAGGGAGGCUUGAAGAUCCCAUCGCCCCGCCCGGGCUGUGGCACCCGCAAGACCAGCUUCGAGGCCAACCGGUUCCGCCGCCGCCCGAAGAGCUUCUCCAGCUUAUCGAACUUUUCAACGCAGCGCCGGUAUCGCGAAGCCCGCGACGCUUCGUGGAGCACGUGUUAAAGCGCCCACCGUACAUCGACCGAAUGCCAGGUUUUGUGGAUGACCUGGAGAGCCGGGUGUGGUACAGCGCUUCCGACGACCUCUGGCCGGGCUUCGAGUAAAGCACCGCAAAGGCCCCCUUUCAGUCGGAAAACAUGUUGCAGAGAAAGGACGAGCACUGCCUGUGCCCGCCUCAUUUUGACCCUAAUUAAGAACAAAAGAUUACUAUGAAUUCGUAUAUGGCUAUGGGUUUUGUUUUUCUCCAUGUCAUUUUUUUGUUUUUCCCCACAACAUCAUUUGUUUUCUACCCGCCCAGAAUAAUGAUGUACAUAGAGUACUGUUUUUGACUCGAAAUCACUAAAACAGCAUUGCCAAAGAAUAAAUCCGUGGAUAAUGUACUUUAUACCUCUUUUGACCCUGACAUGAUAAAUUGCAAUGUUCGAUAUGAUCCUUCCACCAGUUACUCUUCUCACGUCGCUGCAAAAGCGGGGGUAGGGCAGAAUAUCGAUAUUUUUCUCCAACUACAAUACCAAUAGAUAACAAGCCGGCGGUAGGUGGAUUGACCACGUGGGAAGUCAGUAUCAGUGCCAUAAGGACGUACUAGUAGUGGUGUUAAUCAAGAAAGUAGAUCUCGCGUUUUCAAGCAUCGUAAAGGAAUGAUAAGCCAUUUUUUUGCUACCGGAGUUUUCGUCGGAGGAGAACGCCGAAUAGAGCACAUCCCAAAGUCUUGCGCGUUUCACGAUGGACAAAUUCCGACUUUCAAGUAAUGUCACGCACCAUGUUCGGUGCGCUUAGUACUUAAGUUUUAAAUCACCAGUUGGGCCAGUUGAAACACUUUUAUGCCCGGGCAAUUUCGGUCCUCGUCCUGGUCUUCCAGGUAAACAAAGUUAAGACCCAAAUGCGUUUCUAGCAACAUCAUGACUUCCGCUUUCACGCGGACUACUGAUUGUUUCAGGAUGACAGGAACCGGCAAUCUGUGGCUGAUAAGCAGAUGAAGUGGGGUACGUACGCUUGAACAUGACCACGGCUCCGCUGUUCAUCUUGACACUUCAUCGGUGUCGGAGAACCAUUAUAAGACAUUUCUGCUGAACACCAUUGUAGUACACCCAAACUACAGUUUUCAUUUCAGAAGAGCCCGACACCCUUCGGCGAUCAGAGCAAGAAAACUUCCAAAACAAGGUCUAGAAGUAGGAUGAGUUUAGCGGAG